AACUCAUCUAAUGGUGGAUCUGUCUGGUGAAACCUUGUGGGUCUACGGACCUGUCCGCUGUCUACGGUAUCCAUUGCUCAAACUGGAUUCAUUGUUGACGAAGCAGGUACGGGUCGAACGCGCUGUACUUGACGAAGAAGAAGAAGACCAUGCCGCGUUGCGACCCGAAAACGUGUUGUUGGGGAGACGACGUGGCGGCCGCGAUGUACAUGCAGCUAAGAGGACGAGUUGUACCGGAGCAGAAGCAGAUAAACAAAUCAAGACGAAGCUAACACAACAUGUUGGUCAUGAGGAUGAAACUAAACAAAUCAAGACGAAGCUAACACAACAUGGUCAUGAGGAUGAAACUAAAAACGCAAUGGAUGUUCCUUCAAAGUACAUGGUGGCACCAGGUGAAACAAACUCCGCUGACAAGAAAACUGUCCAAUUCAUUUCACCUACAGAUAGUCAUAGCGAUGUUGAUGAGACCAAGAAGAACUUCGGAAAACGACCUGGGGAUCCUUUUCAGCGUAGUGACAGCGAUCUGAGCUUAGAGGAAGUGGUAGAUAAAAGUGAUGAGAAGACAACUCAGCAUAUCAGUGCGAAGCAGCAACCGGACAACCAAACUGCGUCAAACGAUUCACCGCCGUCCACGUCAUCUUCUUCCGACCCCGUCAGGAAGGACCAUAUUACCACAUCCAAAGAAGACACAUCAUCUUCAAGUGCAGCGCCGAUUUUCGGUUCAUGGACAGGUAACACGAAGAGAUCGAGAACAUGGCGCAGAGCAGUUCCCGCGAUAGUACCACUCAGUGCGAUCUCUAUCCAAAGUCUCAAGGGUGUCCUGAAAUCCAACAAGUCUUCUACAUCUAGAUCAGCCGCAAGUCGAAACAAGGCAGCAUCCUUUGUCAGCAAUUCGAAAAACAGGGUUCACGAUUUGAGGACAGCGAGUGAAAGUGGGAUGUUAUGAUCCUGCGACAAUAUUGUCACUGUCUCUGUCGUUGAUAUAGAAGAAAAAGAAUUAUUCGGGGGAUUGUUCCCAAAAAGAUAUACAAAAAUUGGGACCUUGUAAAAAUUGUUCUCACGAGAAGAUGAACAAAGACUGAAUCAAGAUCAUUCAUAGUCGUGCGUUAUACAUAGAUAUACUUCAUCUUCAUCGCGUAGCCUCUCGAAUCGUCUUCUAAUCAAAGGCUCAGUCUUCGACCUCGGCCUCGGCGCAGCAGAGAAGAAUAGCAGCUCUUCCAGAACCAGCAUCCUCAGGUGGAGCAAGAGCUCGCUGAAUCGGAUGGGGAGUGUCUUAGCAACAGGAAGGUUGGAAAGUUCGACAGAUGGACCUAGUGAGAGACCCGUUCAGAGCGUUCUGGAACUGAUAGUUGAAGGGAGCUGUCACGCAUUGUUCACGCCUUUUGUGCGGCAACUGAUAACGGAUAAGUGGGCUGCGUAUGCUAGGGAGAUUUAUCAGGUACUACUUAGACUGACAACGCCACAGCAUGUUGAUUCUUCAUGGCUACAGACUUCUUUCACCUUUGAUGCUAUCUUGUCGUAGUUAUACAGGUACAGGCGUAGCACUGUACAUCUAGAUCUAUCUCCACCUCACACAUUCCACCUUCUCAGGUCCACAUGCUUUCCUAUUUGACCAACCUGAUUCUGAUCGUUCUUGCUACCGAGAACGUAGUCUCGAUCGACGUUCCUGCUCUCGGCGUUGUCUUCAUCUUCUUCCUAGAAUGGGGAAAAUUCCGAUAUUGGUUCGUCCAAAAAGUCUACGUCAGAGUCCUGGCGCACUACUCCAGUCAAAUGCACCAGAUGGCCUUGGAUAGCACAGCCAUGGCAGCCUCGACGUUUGUACGUCAGAAGGGUCUCGGUGCCGCCUGUGGUCUCUUCUGUCGUCUCAGUUUGCGUGCUUUCAGGGAUAUGAUGGUGUAUCCAUUUAUAACGAUGUUUGGUCACUGCUUUGUUGCUGGUGGUGGCACUGGAACUACAACGUCAGAUGAGCCAAAGAACGCACACCAAAAGAUUGGAUGCAAACAGGAUUCAUGUGCAUCGACAGUAUCAUCUUCGACAUCAGGAACGACUGGUCAUGCACGAAGUAGAUCCUCAUCCUCUGCUUCUACUUCUCUUGCCCUUCUGUUCCGCAGUGCCAAGAUCGUCAGGCGAUCUGCUCGACGCCUAGUCAAAAACGCCUUUUCACGCACGCGUUGGAUCGUCAAUACUUUCGCUAGGAUGACCAAAUUCGUUUUGGAUUCGUUCACGGUUGAAGGCAUCUUCUUCUUCCUCUAUGCCGCUCUCGUGUCCUACGUCUACGUGAGGAUACUGCUCAUUCGCGCAGGUCUCUUUCUGGAAGAACUGUGGGGUGAGAAAUGGACCGAGUCGGAUAAGAAUGAUGUUAUGGAAAGUUCAUUGGCUUUAGAUAGAAAGCACCGUCGUGAAUCACCGUGAUGAAGACUUCCCUUCUCAGUCGUAAGUGUGUGAAGAUUUAUUUUUGACUGAGUAAGUUGCACUUGUUCCUCGUCCUGUUCUGCAACGACCUCAUUCUGAACUACAACCUUGCGUCGACACCAAAUCUAUGGACCUUUUGCCCCUCUAACCUCCGUACCUACUCCAACCUCUCCGACUACGAUGUGCGAUGGCGUCACGACUAUCAGGGCAGAGUUGACCAGAUGAAUUGGAAUACUUGGUCACCUAGGGUGGUGCUUGGAAUGGCUUCCGUAUUUAAGCAUUUCCGAAUUGCAUUCCUCACUACCAUGAUCCCUGACAACUCUUUCCCUAGUUCGUUGUAGAAAAGAGGAAUAAGAAAGAUCUUAGCCUCUUGACUUUCACUCGCUCUACUCUCAUGGAUCUAAAAGGGGCCAGGGAUUAUGUGCUGAAGAAUGUUAUUCCGUGGAAGAGUCGUGUAAAUUUCUUCCGUGGGAACUACCUCUAACGUAUGCGGUUGGCUCCAUUUCCUCCACAAUCUGCGCGCCAUUGAGGGUCUAGGACCCUUCGUGGUGAUGGUCAAACUGAUGAUCAAGCGAGAUAUUUCCCGCUUUCUUGUGAUUUACUUCUGUGUGUCGUUCGGCUUCACGCACUUGAUCAGGGUGUUGUUUCAAGACACGAUACGGCGAGAUAGGUUUGCACUCUUCGAAGGUGGAGAUUCACUGGUGGGUGCUGCGGGAGGAACUGCAGCUGCAACAAGGCUUUUGCAAACAGGAGGAUCCGAAGGUGGCGCAGCUGGCGCUCCUGCUUCAUCUCCCAGUACUGCGACAACACACGAGCAACUUGCAGAAGCAUCGCCUACGUAUCUAAACUUCGGUCAGCUCUGGCAAACGAUACAGUUCUCGUUUCGUGCUUCUCUAGUGGCGCUAGAGGACCAUGCGUUUGACGACAGUCGAUAUCGCGGUUUCUCCGUCUUGGUGUACAACGCUUACGUGGUGCUCACUGCGGUGAUCCUGUUCAACCUGUUAAUCGCGAUGAUGGCGGAUACCUACGCGCGAGUUCGAGCAACGGCCGAAGAUGAGUUUUUGCUACAACGCACCAGCUGGAUUCUGGAAGCGGAGAGAUCUACUCUAGCAAAUUGCAAAUUAGUGGACAUUACCAAGAGACCGGCACACCACGUGAGGACUCCAGACUUGAAUUUGGACGAGAUUCAAGUAGGCGUUACUAAAAAAGGCAGAAAACCAAUUGAGACAUGGGCAAUGCAGGUGGAAAUGACUUGAAUUGCAUUUGAUCAUGUACAGUAGUUUCUUAGUGUUUUCUUUGUAGUCUUUUUCAGUAGAUCAUGAAAAAGCUAGCGUCAGUCUUGGCCUCUGGCGUCGCUCUCUCUCGUCCCAGUAUGUAAUUUGGAUGAUCUUAUAAAUAUGGGGUAAAUAAUUGGUUGAAAGGGUGGCAGCAUAUAGUCCUAACGC